GACAUGGAAUAGGGUGAGUAUUGCCUGUCUGAACAUUUAAGGAGUCGAGUACAAAAAGGCAUUCUGAGUCUCCCUCCUCAUUUCAGGCUUCAACCCUUCUCUCAGAUCAUGAUGACUCAAAUGGGUAAGAAAGCACUCUCAAGCUUUCCUGUCUUCCUAUUUUCUUUUCUUCCUUUGUUUCUUCUAUGCAGUUGUUGUCCUUGUAAGGAGAUUGAGAGUGAUGGAGCUGAGACCAAUGGGUUGUUUGUGUUUGGAAGCUCUCUGGUUGAUAAUGGAAACAACAACUUCCUGGGGAGCACUACCACUAAGGCUGAUUACCUUCCUUAUGGGAUAGAUUUUCCUCUUGGGCCAACUGGGAGGUUCUCCAAUGGAAAGAAUUUUGUUGACCAGUUGGGACAGUUGCUUAAGCUUCCUCAUUUCAUCCCAUCAUUCAAUAAUCCCAUUGCAAAGGAAGAUAAUCUCCUUCAUGGGGUCAACUUUGCUUCUGGUGGUUCUGGGAUCCUUGACGACACUGGUUCCAUUUCAGGCUUUGUAAUCAGUUUGAAGCAGCAAAUCAAGAACUUUGAGAUGGUGACAAUGCCACAAUUAGGAGAACAACUAGGGUGUGAAAGUACUAAGGCCCUCAUCUCCUCCGGUGUCCUCUCCAAAUACUUGUUUGUGAUUGGGACAGGUGGGAAUGACUAUCUAUUGAAUUACUUUCUAAGAAACACCACUGGUGAUGCCGCUCUUCAUGCUUUCACUGCAAAACUGAGUACAAAGCUAUCGAAGAAACUCCAGAAGUUGCAUCAUUUGGGAGCUCGGAAGUUUGUGUUGAUGUCCAUAUACCCCAUGGGAUGCAUUCCUGUAGUUAGGGCAACCUUUCAUAUCAGUCAGGGUUGCGUAUUACCCUUUAAUCAAGCUGCUUCUCUAUUCAAUUCUAAGUUGAAAUCCAUGGUUGAUGUGCUGAAACCCCAAAUGCCAGGUUCUAAUCUAGUUUUUGUUGAUUCUUACAAGAUCAUCACUGAUGUUAUCCAUGAUCCUAACCCUAGAGGUUUCACUGACACAACAAAUGCUUGCUGUGAAGUAAGUAUGACUUUAGGUGGCAGAGGGAUCUUAUGCAAGAGAGGAGGGAAUGCAUGUAAAGAUAGGAAUUCUCAUGUCUUCUUUGAUGGGUUACAUACCAGUGAAGCUGUAAACGUGUUGAUAGCAAAGAUGGCUUAUGCUUCAACUUUCUCUAUUGAAGCUUACCCCAUGAAUGUCAAAGAACUAGCCAAGCUUUAGUCUUCAAACCCCUCUUUUAUGUAUGUACAUUACCUAGGGUUUAAUUUCAGUUUUCCGCGAAUCCACCAAUCCAUCGAUUUCAGCGAUCCCUAUUAGCUAGAUUAUCAAUCAUUUAUCACUGAUUUUAGAAUCAUAUACUUUUAUUUUUAUUUUAAGAAAAGAAAACAAUUUAACUGAUUCUCUUA